CCUGUUUGUCAGCUCCUCCCCAUUUUAGGCUGAUGCUCUCUUGCUUGGGGCUGGGGGCAGAUGCCUGUAGAGCUCACAUUUGUGCAGCUAAAAGGGUGGAAGAAUCAGGAGAGAGAGUAUCAUCACUUAGCUGUGAGACUACAUCCACUGGCUGAGACAGCAGAAGCGAGAGAGAGAUGGAGGGAUGAGCAGAGAAAACAGGGAGUAGGGCAGGUGACCACUGGGAAUAUGGUCUGUUUGGAGAAGAUUCCUAGGACUUUGUCUUGUUUGGAUUCCGCAAUGCUUGGGGGGAUUUGGCGUCCCACCUGCUGGAUGCUGAUAUGUCUCGUCUUCAUACCAGGGGAGGUGAACUCCUGCCCCGACAACUGCCGGUGUUACUGGACCUUGGUCCAGUGCCUGGAACCCAACACCAUUUCCAGCAUCUCCAUCUUUGGGGAGAUGGAGAACAUCACAGAGAUAGUCAUAGAAAACCAGAAGGACUUGUUGAGCCUAACUAAGGAUGAUAUGAAGAACUUCAGAGAGCUGAAAAACCUGACAAUUUCAUCCACUGGGCUGCAGUAUAUCUCAGAAGAUGCCUUCGAAAUGAACCCUCGCAUGACUCACAUAAACCUGUCUUCCAAUUCUCUAGUCUCUAUCUACUGGAGGACAUUUCUGAACCUUCCUCUCCAAGAGCUGAUCCUCACUGGGAAUCCAUUCCGCUGCUCCUGUGAAAUCCGUUGGAUACAGCUUAAGAGGGAGAUGGACUGGGCUGAUCUGGGGAACCAGUCUCUAAGCUGCUGGGCAGAUCAUUUUGAGGUUAUGCUUGAAGAAAUGAUCAUCUCCAACUGCGAACUUCCUCAGGUCAGCAUUGUUAAACAAAACCUGACUCUACUGGAGGGAGCGAAUCUGACCUUAGUGUGCAACGUGGAUGGUCAUCUGUCAACAACAGCCACAUGGAUCUUGCCUGAAAUAUCCUCAUACACUGAAUAUGUGCAAUGGAAUACUUCUGAAGCAGAGAUCUUCUUGAAUCUAUUCAGCAUCUCUCCUGGAUUCAACAAGCGCAAUAUUACUUGUAGAGCUGAAAAUAUGGUUGGACCCAGCGAAGAACAUGUUCAAAUCAAUGUGUUGUUUCCUGCAGUGGUAGUUGCCUUGGAAGAGGCCAUUCCCCAGCACCAUUUCUGCUUCCCCUACACCGUGGAUGGCAACCCUAAACCAGAGAUCCGGUGGCAAUUCAAUGGGCACAACCUGGAGAUGAACAAUUACAUCUUCUCAAAGACUGUUGAAGAGAGUGAGAAUUCCACCGCCAUUCAUGGCUGCCUCUACCUGAAUAAGCCAACCCAUGUCAACAAUGGUAACUACACCAUCCUGAUUUGGAACAUGUUGGGUUCUGCCUCUGAAACAGUCUACAGCAAAUUUAUGGAUAACCCCUUCAGCUUUAACCCGGAGGAGCCCAUACCAGUGUCCCUGUCUCCAGAGGGAGGAGGCAAUAGCACCUAUGUAAACACAGUAGAAACAGUGGAGGAAAACACUUUUGGGAUCUCAGUGGCUGUGGGACUGGCCGUAUUUGCCUGCUUCUUCCUCCUCCUCAUGCUGAUUGUUCUGAAUAAAUGUGGAAGACAUUCUAAGUUCGGCAUUAACAGAGCAGCUGUUUUGGCACAAGAGGACGACCUGGCAAUGUCCCUUCAUUUCAUGAACUUUGGGAGCAGUCCCCUGACCUCCGCUGAGGGAAAACUGGAUGGAAUAAAACCAAACUUCAUUGAGAAUCCACAGUAUUUCUGUGACGCCUGUGUCCAAAACAUCAAGCGAAGAGACAUUCUGCUCAAGUGGGAGCUCGGAGAGGGGGCUUUUGGAAAAGUGUUUUUAGCAGAGUAUUACCGAUUGACCCCCGGGAACGAGAAGACAUUAGUGGCUGUGAAGGCGCUGAAGGAAGCCACUGAAAAUGCCCGUCAAGACUUCCAGAGGGAAGCAGAGCUCCUCACCGUCCUUCAGCAUGAACAUAUUGUCAAAUUCUAUGGCGUCUGUACUGAUGGGGAACCUCUUAUCAUGGUCUUUGAGUACAUGAAGCAUGGAGACCUCAACCGCUUCCUCAGAUCCCAUGGGCCUGAUGCCAAAAUCCUGGACAAUGGCAAUGGCCAACCAUAUGGACAGCUUAACCUGACGCAGAUGCUCCAGAUUGCCUCCCAGAUUGCUUCAGGAAUGGUCUACUUAGCUUCACUCCACUUUGUCCACCGGGAUCUUGCUACAAGGAACUGCCUGGUUGGCAAUAAUCUAGUGGUCAAGAUCGGGGAUUUUGGCAUGUCAAGAGACAUCUACAGCACAGAUUACUACAGGGUUGGGGGUCGCACCAUGCUACCCAUUCGCUGGAUGCCACCCGAGAGCAUUCUGUAUAGGAAAUUCACCACGGAAAGUGAUAUCUGGAGCUUUGGGGUGGUGCUGUGGGAAAUAUUUACCUGUGGGAAGCAGCCUUGGUACCAACUGUCUAAUACAGAGGCCAUCGAAUGCAUCACCCAAGGACGGCAACUGGAAAGACCUAGGACCUGCCCUACAGAAGUCUACAAUAUCAUGCAAGGGUGUUGGCAGAGGGAACCACAGCAGAGGCUAAAUAUUAAAGAGAUCCACAACAAGCUUCAAGCCCUUGUGAAGGCCCCACCAGUAUACUUAGACAUCUUGGAGUAAAAAGACAAAUCUAAGAGAGGUCUUCUGCUAAGUUCAACUUUCAGAAAGGGACCAAGUUCUUUCAAAGAAAAUUUUAAAAAAAUGACUCCUCAGUCCCAGAAAUCAACUAUACGUAUACACCACCUGGCUUUGUCAGUAUUUAAGAUGCAUAUGCUUCUGAUGGAAUAUAUGUCUAUCUCCAUAAGUCACGGGACAAGAAGUAUCUGAGAAUUGUUAAUGAUCAAUAAUGGGGUUGAGUAAAGAAGAUGAGAAGAAAACUAUGCCCUUAUUUUGGCAUCAGUGCUGAAGAGGACUUCUUCCAUAAUGUCCAUAGGAAUAUUACUGGAAGAGGACAUUGACUUAAGUCAAGAUAGAUGUGCUGGUACAGAAUUUAAAGCAUAACUUUAGACUGUAGCAACUGAAGUGGCCAAGAUUUUGACUCUUUUCACCAAUAUGCCUUCUCCUCCCAACCAUGGAAACCAUGUAUUUUCCUUCCGAUGUGGCUGAGAUACAUCAAGAGCCCACCAGCCCAUGUAAAUGUUUUAUUCCUGUGACCAGAAAAUAAUUAACAUUGGCAAAUCCCUCUUUUACUUAUUCUAAGCAACAGAUCUACGGCUAAACUUGGCUUAAACUGGUUCUGACAGAAGGUUCCAAUGGAAUGGUCUGGCUUCUAAUGGAACUUAAGUAGAGCAGAGAAUGUCAGAAUUGUAAAACUAAACACAGCAUGUUGUCUAAUAAGAAAUUCUGGCCUCUAAUGGGAUGCCACUCAUCCCUUAUGGCUUUCCAAGAUGGUACUUUUUUUUUAUUAUUAUUUGUUGCACUUAUCUGCUCAGUCAGGUUCUACACAGUCACAGAAUGUUUGUUAUGAAUUGAUUCUCAGUAUGAAAAGGCAUUGUUUAUGUCUGUAGUUCUCAGACACUCUAUGUAUAUGCUGUAUUAUAGGGAAAUGUGACUUUAUUUAUAACUGACCAAGUGUGUGAGAAGUUAGUCCUUUCCAUAGAAGAAAGAAAUCAACAAAUGAGAUGUUAGAGAGAACUUGGGGAGGGUUUGGGUCUAUUUAAUGAAAUAAAACGUGAAAUCUUUAUUACACGGUGUGUUCUUGAGUCAUAAAGAUUGAUAGCAACAAGUGCAAAGGAAAACACAGUAUUAGUAUCUACAA